AUGGAGAACUUUGACUGGAGCCGCCCGGAACUGAAUCGGACACACUUCCAUUCACUCGCGAACCUUCUUUCACUUCGCAAUGGCGGCCAAGUCGAGCCUACUGUGAAAUUCGACACUGAGCCUGAGCUAGAUUCGGAGGUCAACGACGAAGAAGAUGAGGAUUCUCGUAGCGUCAACACUGCUUUGGCAAACCAGAUAUCUGACUCAGGUCAUGGUAAACUCAAGAAGCGGUUUCUCGAUGCCGUGGCUGGGUUCGCCGCGAACAAAAAGGGCGGCACAGCAGUUGCUUGCUCGGCGAUGAAAGAGGCUGAGAAUGACGUCGUCAUCUGGCUCGCUCGCAACGACGGCUUUUCCAAUGGCGAUCGUCCUGUUUUCGAAAGAUUGGGAGAGAUACUGAGUUCUCUGUCCUACAACGGCGUCCAGGACUCCAAGGAUCUCCUAUGGGAACACAUGGUUUCGUACCACAGUAGCCGCAUCAAACAGGAUUAUAUUCCCAACCUGAGGCAAAGCUUCAAAGCUUACGACGCUGAACAAACGCGACAUGUUGCCAACACGACACCAGAUCGGUCAGUCGUCGAUGCAGAGCUAUCCGCCUUGCGUGACGUUCUGUUCAAUAGCCUGCCGAGUGACAUCAGUACUUUCAAUAAGCACACAAAGCUGAUUGUGGCGUCGUACGACCUGCGCCGGGAAGCUGCCGUUGAAGAGGCACUAAAUAGCGGCGCGAGUUCGACUCUGAAAUCAUUAGUAGAAGACCUCAUACCAGAGGAAGAAGAUGUUUUGGAAGAUUUUGGGUUCAACGGUGUGGAGUUUGGUCAAGGAAGAUCAUACCUUUUUGGUGUAUAUGCCGGUCUCUAUCUGUCCGGCAGAUUCUCAGCGGAAGACUUCCAUAACUGGCGUAUCGAAGGUAUCCUCACCGAGAAGAUCAAGGAGUUCUUCUACAGCCUUCCUGAAGAUUCCCGCGGAGGCUACUUUCCUUGGUUCUUGAAAAACCUCCCUGCCUUCGAGCGGCCCACGACCAAACAACAGGCGACGCAAAACCUCGUCGCAAGCAUGUUUGCUAAAGCCAGACCGUAUUUGGAUAUCGAAGAUCGCAACAGAGCGCUUGAUGAGUUGACGCCUGAAGCCAAGCGGGAUAGCUUCACCUUGCUGGCUCAAGUGUCUCACCAGAUGUCGCCGAAUCCGAUCGAACAAAACUGGUACUCUUUUGGGUUUGUGACCUGUCGUGGAAAGAGCGAGGAGAACACACUCCUGCAAGUCUACCAGCUUCUCCUUCUUGAGGAUGAUGGCAGUUACUUUUACGAGUUCUACAACAGCCGAAGGGACCACAACUCACCUGUCGGAUUGACGCAAUUUUGGAAAGCGUACGAAGCGGGAACACUCAUACAGCUCAUGGAUUCGAAAGGCCUCAAGACUCUUCGAUCCAAUUUGCCACUCUUGGAGGUCUUCUUUUCCGGCUCGCGCUUCUCCGUGUGGGAUUUGAAAUGGUUCCUUGACAUCGAAGACCCAGUGAAGUAUCCGCCCGUUCCGGAAGUGAGCCUCGACUAUGGCUUCGUCAACUGCACCAAGUUAGAGGAGACCUACACGUUAAUGGAAAUCUACAAAAGGGUUUUGCAGACAGCACAUCCACUAGGCCUCCAACACGCGUGUAUUACAGGAACUUUGUGGCAGUUUGCAAGCAAUCACAUCCGGAUGGAGGAAGAAUGGAGGCCGUUGAUGAAGAACGUCUAUUCAUUGGAGACACCGAUGGUGUCAGAGACAGACGAAGACAUGGCACCGAGAGCAGGGUCAGAGGAACAUGGAGAACCCGUUGUUGUUUCGUCGUCGCUACUGUCGAGACUGUGGAGGUCGCUUUCGAUUGUUUAA